UUCCAUAUGUACUCAGCUGAAUAACUGCUCCAAUAUUAAUGCAUAUAAGACUAAUUUUAGCAUUCAGUAUCAUUGACUCAAAAAAAUGGUCUUGAAGGUGGCAUUUUUAUUGCUUGCGUUAUUUUAUUUCUGUGAAAUUGAAGGUGCAAAAAAUCAUAAACUUGUUGUUUAUUGGGGGCAAAAUGCUGUAUAUAAUUUAAAAAAAGAACGACAGUUUUGGGAAAAAGAUCUUCGCCAUUUUUGCAUGAACACAAGAUAUGACACAAUUGUACUUGCGUUUAUGCAUGUUUUCUUUGAUGCUAGACAAAAAGAUUCUAUGCCUGGAAUGAACUUUGCCUUUCAUUGUGAAACAUCAAUGAAUGCUGAUUAUCCAUUUUUGUAUCGAUGUCCUGAAAUUGAAGCAGGUAUCAAAGAAUGCCAAUCACGUGGAAAACAAGUUCUUAUGUCAUUAGGAGGAGCAAGUGGUAGUUAUGGUUUUCAAAAUGAUGCUCAGGCGACUAAAUUUGCUAACACAGUAUAUCAUUUACUACUUGAAGGAGAUCAACUUAACAAUAUUCGCCCUUUUGGAAGCGCUGUUUUAGAUGGAGUCGACCUUGAUAUUGAAGGUGGAACAUCAAUAGGUUACAGUGCCUUUGUUCGUGAACUUUAUAAAUUAACUAGAAAUAAAAAAAAAAAGUAUAUCAUUGCUGCGGCUCCUCAGUGCCCGUUUCCAGAUUCAUUUUUGGGGCCAUCGCCUGGAAAAGCUUUUCAAGACGUUCCAACAAUGUUUGAUGAAAUUUACAUUCAAUUCUACAAUAACUAUUGCCAUACAGGAGAUGCAAAAGAAUUUUACCCAAAUUUUGCUCAGUGGAUCAACUACUCAUCAAAAAAUAAUGGACCAAUGAUAUACAUUGGAGUACCAAGCCAUGAGCGCGCUGCCUAUGGAAACGGAUUUUGGAGGACACCAGCAGAAAUGGCUGCAAUUUACCAAAAAGUAAAAGAUGAGCCUCGGUUCGGCGGUUUUAUGUUUUGGGAUGCAGCUUUUGAUCAAAAUAAUAUAAUUGGCGGGAGACCAUAUAGUGAGCAUAUUGUAGAUAUCAUGAAAGGAGGUAGCGUUACUCCAACUGGAAGUCCAGUUACUAGCAAUUCUCCGGCAACAAAAACGAACGCUCCAAUUACUAAGUCGACAAGUUCCUCUAAAACAACAACCACACCAAAUCCUACUAAGCCAGGUAGUACAUCAUGCAAUGGGUUAAAAGAUGGUAUCUACGCUCAUCCAACGGAUUGCACGAAAUUUUUUCAGUGUCAUGGUGGCAAUUCCUACGUAAAAAGUUGUUCCAGCGGGUUAAAGUUUAACUCUGUAAAAUUAAUUUGUGAUUGGCCUGAGAAUGUCACUUGUUAAUUAAGAUAUUUAUAUUUAAAAAAACAAUAACAAAAAAAGAACGAUUUUAAUCUAAAUUUA